AUGGCCACCUUUGCACAAAUCGUGCGAAAGGGGGUCGUGCUUUGGGUGCUGUCCAGCCGUUUGCUGCUCACGACUGCGAACCCAAGGCGGCUCUCGGACUCCACGGAGUGCAACGCCCCGUGCCAGCCUGGCCAGUUCAAGGCCCUGCCCUUGGUGGCGCUCUGUGGAGGAGGCGGUUGCACCGUGGAGGAUGAUAUCCUCAAGGGGAAGUCCCGCCUCUUCAUGCAGCUACCGGUCGGCAGCAGUGGCAUCCGCGUGGAGAUGACCACGCGCCAGACAGAUCAGGAUCUGCAACUCGUUGAUCCUGGGACAGGCGUUUGUGUGGCCGGUGCCGUUGGAGAUACGUGUCCCGACGGCGGACGGCCUGCGAAUGCUGGCACCGGCUGUACAGAUGAGAAUGACUUCUGCGUCUCCUACGCAGGGAUGAACUGGUACUUCUCAGGGGACAAGCAGCUUGCACCCGUGCUCGAGAAGCUCUCACUGCAAGGCAACGUGACGCAACUUCUGAGUGUGUGGGUGGAGGCACCGAGCGGGGGAGAACUCCAGGUCCAAGUCCGGAAUGAUCCGAUAUCGCCAUGCCCUGAUCAACUGCCUGGCUGCCUGCCUUGCGAGCAGUAUGAUCGAUGCGGCGUAUUUGACAAGAAGAUUUGCGAUGGCAGCGCUGUGGUCCUGUGCGAAGCCACGACCCAGACGACGAGCACAAGCACGCAAACAUCGGUCACGGCGACAAGCUCCACAUCUUCCUCCAGAACGUCUUCCACCACUUUCUCCUCCACGGUGACGACGAAAACAGCAACCAGAACAUCAACUUCGGCCACCACUACGUCCACCGCAACCAGCACCAUAUCCAGCACCAGCCACACGCGCACGACGACUCUCACUAAGACUUCCACAAGCACGACAGCCUCGAGAACAUCGACAGGAUCAUCAACAACCACGACACUGACGAGCACUGUGGUCAGCAGCACCACCUCGGCAAGCUCAACCAUCACCAGCAGUCUCAGCACUACGACCACCAUGAACAGCGAAACGACCGAGACCACCUCACAGACAUCUGUUACUACUUCCAGCUUGACACUCACCACUUCAACGAGUACUAGCCAUACUCAAACACAGACUCACACAGCAACGACCAGCUCCACAACCAGAACCAUGACAUCUUCCAGCUCACUGACAUCCUCCACUACUGCCUCCGGGACCACAACAGAGACCAUCUCUUCGACUUUCACAUCGAAGACGUCCACAUCGAGAAGCUCUACGUCGACAACCUCAGCCUCAACAACAAGAACCUCCACGACCUCUACCUCCACGACCUCCACCUCCACGACCUCGAGGUCGACAACCUCUUUGACAGGCACUGCUACCGCUACCGCCAGCACGACGAGCAUCACAUUCACCGGAUCCACCAGCAUCACCGCCACCACGACCUCUUCGACUUCGUCGACCACAACGAGCACAACAUCGUCCACAAGCCUUACCAGCUACACGCAUACUGCAACUGCAACGAUGACCUUCACUACAUCCUUAACUGUGUCGCAAACCACGUUGACGAGCACAAGUUCAACGUUUUCCACCACCUCCGCCACGAUCACCAGCUCUAGCACAACGAUCACUACCACAACGGUCACGCACACGUCUUCAACGAGCACGACGACUACCAGCACUGGGACGUGUGGCUGCUGUGAGCUCUGCAGCCUUGGCGCCCCCCCGGCCGCGAUGUUGGCAGCAUCUGAUGAUGACACAAGUACAGCCCUGUCUGUGGCUGUCCCUGUCAUGCUCGUGCUGCUCCUCUUGAUGCUCCUUCUGACAGGGUGGCUGUGCAAACGAAGAAAGAAGCAGGAUGGGAAGGGAUCCGAGCUUUUCCCCUUUCCCGCGGUUGAUGCCUCUGUUGAUGACGUCCCGAAGCGCCAUGCCAAAGUCGGACCGGACGAGGCUUCAUUUCAAGACUCCCAGGAGCUGUUUGAGCUCAAAAGGCGGAAUCAGAGCUUGUUGGCAGAGCUCUCAGGGCUGAGAGUGGAGCUUGCCACGGCCAAGGGGGCCGCGGCCGAAUCAGCUGCCUUGCUGGAGAGCCGCCGUGCCCAGGAGGAGGCGAUGGCCGCUUCGUGGAACCGCCGCCAAGUCCGCCUCCAAACCAAGGUUCAGCACUUGCAAGCGCUCCUACAAUACAUGGUCUAUCACGCCACAGAGCUGGCACGGGUGGUGCAAGGGGACUGUGCCCAGAAGGGAAAGCUGCACCAUCAGGUGGCGGUCGUAAUGCAGAGGAUCCGUUGGCUUCAGGACGAGCUCGCAUCCCCGGCACACCCGGAGGCAGCCGCAGAGACUCCGGCUAGCCUCGCCUGUACAGGUGCCGAGCCCGCCGAGCCCAGUCCUCCCAGCCCACGCAGCCCAGCCCGAGAGCCGGUCACCGUAGUGCUUCAGCCGGCGGCCGGGUCAGCCGCAGUCAGCCCCACAUGCGAGGAGUUUCCGCCGCAGCCUGCAGAUCCUUCUCCAGCCCCGCUUGCGCCGCCAGCCCUUCUCCUGGCUGAGACAAAAAGAACAUCGGCUGGCUCAGAGCCGGAGCCCUUCUCGGUGGCCUUCCGACCACGAGCUGCGCGCCCCGCGCCAGAUCUUGAAUCGGCUUUCACUUCGACGGCCUCUGGCACCCGCCUCGCUGCUGCAGCAGGUUAUGCGCAGGACCAUGGGGCGCCCUUCCUACCGCUGCUGCCGAGUCAUGUUGGGCACAGUCCCGCCAGGACACCCCCAGAAGCAGCCGACCCUUUGCGCGAGAACCAGCAGGACCUCCGGUCUUUGAGGGACAAGCUGCUACGGCGCCACAACCUGAGCCCGCAAACGUGGAACGACCGUUUCAGGACUUUGGGCCAGUGGACGACCGAGCGAGGGAUCCGGCUGGACGAAGCACAGCAAGCCCUGGAGCGUCGGAUUCGACGAGCCAGCUUAGAACAAUCGGUCAGGCCAAUGUCAGCUUCGAUGCGAGCCUCAACAUAUGCACAUCCAGAAGCAGACGAUGCAUAG